AUGUGGUCUGCGGUGGGUGCGUGUCCGCGCGGCCGGCACCGUGUGCGGCGCAGGGCCGCUGCGGCUGUGCGUGCGGCGCUGUUUUUGGUGUUGGCGCUGGUGGCGGUGGCUGUGUGGCUGCCUGCUGUGCAUGCGGUGGUGUUGCGACUGCGGGGCGGCACGGUGGACAGAGCCAUCACGGUUGGCCGUGCCGUGGACACGGUGCUGAUGGACGGCGUGUCCAUCACGAACGGCGUGGCUGUUGUGUUCGACGUGCCGGCGAUGCUUCCCGGCGCGCUGCGCAUCGAACUGAGGAACUGCGUGUGCGACGGCGGUGCGCAGAUUUACGUGCGGGGCGACAGCGGUGAGCCGGCGAGUGACCGGAGCCUGGAGGUGAGUGUGAGCGGGCUGUCCGGGAGCUACUGCUCGCUCGUGUUUGUGCACAACCUGCCGGCACACACGAACGUGACGGUCCGUGACUCGACGAUUGUGACGGCGGGGCCGAUGCGCUACUCCCAGCUGAGCGGGCUGAUGGACGCGGUGGCGUCGCCGUUUGUGCUGCAGGCGACGUCGCUUUUGCAGACGCAGCUGCGUGUGAGCAACACUGUGCUGAGGUCGUUGCAGGCGGGCGGGUCUGCGGUGCACGUUGGCGGCGGUGUGGACCUGCUGUCGAGCGCGGUUGUGCUUGACGGCGUGUUGCUGGAGGCGUCGGGUGGUCCGACCGCGUCCGCGAUGCAUGUGGCGUCCUCGUCGCGUCUCAGUCUGCGGAGCCACUCGGUGUUCUCCGUGACAAGUGUGUCUGUUGUGAGUAGCGGCGGUGGCAUUGUGCUUGGAGAGCGCCUCGCGGUGUUCGACUCGGUGCUGCGCUUCGUGGGCGUCGAGGGGUCUGUUGCGUCGUCGCUGGUGCGCUGCGACGGUGGGACGGUCGGUGGCGGCGGGUGGCUGGACCUGCACGACGUGUGGGCGGUGGGCGAGGCGUCGUCGGUGGCGUCGCUGUCGGGUGUGACGCUGAGCGGCGGUGCCGUGUCGAUUGCGCGCUGCGCUGCCACUGGCGCGACGCUUGUCUCCGGGCUGGCAAUCACGAGCGGCGUCGUGUCGGUGCAGUGCAACCGUGCCGGCGGCCGGGUGCUGCGGAGCAGCGGCGACUACCGCAUGGCCGGCCUGCCCUCCGUGAGCGUGGUGCCGUGCGACGGCUGUGCGGCUGCGUUGGCGUGCUUUGAUGCGCUGACGGCGUCGUUCUCCGACUGCGUGUGCAGCUGCCGCGCCGGCGGCGUGGGCGAGGCGUGCCUGCCGUUCGACGUGCCGCCUGCGAGGUCCGGCGGUGGUGGCGGUGCGCCGGGCUGCGUGAGUGGCGUGACGCUGACGGAGUCGGUGACGGUUGGUGACUGGCGUGCGACGGCGUGCCUUGACUCGGUGGUGCUCAGCGGGCCGAUCACUGUGGCGGUGGAUCUCCGCUCGAUGAACGUGUUCGCUGACGCGCUGAACGUGACGCUGCGCCACUGCGUGCUUGCGGGCGGCGCGCAGCUGCGGAUUGGCGGCCUCAGCGAGAGCACGGCGCGCCUGAUGCCCCACGCCCUCGUCAACAUGACGAAUGUGACGUCGCUUGAGGGCACGAUCGUGCUGCAUGGCGCGAUGCCGCUGCACUCGAGUGUGCUGCUGGCGAACUCAACGCUGCGCGCGACGGUUUGCGGGUCGCAGUACGUGCCGACGACCCGUGGACACGAGAAAUUUCGGUACGGCCCUGCGCUUGUCCUGGACGGCGUCCGGCUUCUGUCGACACGUUUUGUCAUGACGCGGUCUACGCUGUUUUGUUACGGGGGCUCGUGCGCUGCGAUCCUCGUGGAGCACGGCCUUUGCGCAAACCUGUCCAGUGUCUUCUACAUGGACAACUGCGCUGUCGUGUCGCGGGCGCACGUAAUGUACGCUCUUGCGUCGUACCUGCGUGUCAGCGGCGACUCCGUGUUCUCCAUACAGAACGGCUCGUGGAGUGCGCCGAGCAUCGAAUACUACGAAAGUGCGUGUGUGUUUGAGGACGUUGUGGUGGAUGGCGGCAGCGUGCUGCAGAUUGUGUCCAGCACUUUCCGUCUCGGCUUCGCCAUGCUCAUGGCAAGCACGCUGACCGUGACAGGCGGCAGCUGGCUGGUGCACCGCGACAACGGGUUCUGCACCACCUACGUUGUGUACGUGGACAAGGAGAACGGCGUGGCGUUCCGCGAUCAGAGUGUUUGGUCGAUAAUUGACAACAACUUCACUUACGGCUCGUUCUUGUCCUUUGCAUGUAUGACAAACAAGUGGUCGCCACCAUCCGACUCGAGUCCGACCAUCUACGGCAUGUGCAACGAGAUAAGGGGCUCUCCUGUGACGAAUUACAGAGAAGACCUCAAUAUUGGGGCGCCCGUGACGGUGUUGGACUGUGGUGCGUGCACGAUGGAGGCCGUGUGCUUUGCAGCGAGGACGAGCAGCAUCAGCGGCUGUGAGUGUGUGUGCGCUGCUGGCGGCCACGGUGACACGUGUCUGCCGGCUGCGGUUCCGGACGGCCUUGGACCGCUUCCGCUCCCCGAUGCGGAUGACACGGAGGUUCGCUGCGUGCACGGUGGCAGCAUCAGCUCCGUGGAAGUCCCGGCCCCCGGUGUGCGUGGUCUGUGCUUUGUCAACGUGACCUUCACCGCCGCGAUCGUGCUGGACCUGUGGAGCUUUGACGCGCCAGAGCAGACACUCAACAUCACGCUGCUGCAGUGCGUCCUCAUGGGCCUGUCGGUCAGGGGGAGUGGUGCGCGCGUGCACGUGAACGUAACAUCCUCGAUGCUGGCUUCUGGUGCAUUGGUGUUUGAGGGCCAUUUUUGCACGAGCUCCCAGAUACUGGUGGCAGGCAGUACGCUUGUGACGACGUCGACCCACGCCAUUGCCUUUCUGGAUUUUGAUCCCGGGAAAAAUUUGACGCUGCUGUUACUUGACAGCUACAUCGAGGGGAAUAGUUACGCCGUUUAUUUCUCCGAUGCUGUUGUUGUUGAUGGUGGCGGGAUCAUUGUGAAGGGAAAUACGCUGAGUACGAUGGAGAAUAAAGGUAUGGAAUCAUCUGUUUAUGCUUAUGCUAUUGAAGUGAACAAUGGCGGCUACAUUGACGUGGAGAACAACACGAUGAGCGCGGCUAAUGGCUUGUAUCUCAACGGGGACACCACCGUGAGCUCCGCGGGGCUGCUGCGAGUGGCGGACUGCUACUUUGUUGGCAGAAAGAGGCUUUUAAAUUCCGCGCUGUUGUACUUGGACGGCUUGGUGACACUCGAGGAUGGUGCGCAGUGGCGUGUGGAGGG